AUGGACCAUUGGCCAAAAGAUGUCGGAAUACGCGCUAUUCAUUUUGUCAUACCGUCGUUGUACGUCGAUCAAACCGAUUUGGAACAAUACGACCAAGUGUCCGAAGGAAAAUACACCGUUGGUUUGGGCCAAAAGCAAAUGGGUUUUUGCACAGACCUCGAAGACGUAAACUCACUGUGCCUGACGGCAGUCAGUCAGCUUAUAGAAAACAACGGUAUUAACUAUUCGGACAUAGGUCGCCUGGAGGUGGGCACCGAGACCAUAAUCGAUAAGUCUAAAAGCGUGAAAACAGUUUUGAUGAAACUGUUUGAGCCCAGUGGCAAUUUCCAGGUCGAGGGUAUCGACACGACGAACGCCUGUUACGGUGGGACGGCGGCCUUGUUCAACGCGCUAUCGUGGAUGGAGUCGAGCGCAUGGGACGGUAGGCUGGCCGUGGUCGUUGCGGCUGACAUCGCUAUCUAUGCCAAAGGCAAUGCGCGGCCGACGGGGGGCGCUGGUGCAGUCGCGAUGUUGAUAGGACCGAACGCUUCUUUGGUGAUCGAGAGGGGCCUCCGAGGCACGUACAUGAACCACGCGUACGAUUUCUUCAAGCCCGACCUAACGUCCGAGUACCCAGUGGUGGACGGUAAACUGUCCAUCGAGUGUUACCUGAACGCCCUGGACCAGUGCUACAAGUCCUAUCUGAACAAGUGCGGUGGCGGCGGCACCAACGUCGACCUGAACGGGUUCGAUUCGUUCGUGUUCCACACGCCGUACUGUAAACUGGUGCAGAAAUCCCUUGCCCGGCUGUACCUGAAUGAUUUCGUGAACAGCGACACGAAGGAUGAGGACUAUCCGGGCCUGGGACAAUACAAGGACGUGCACUUGCCUUCCACGUUUUUCGACCGGGACAUUGAAAAGACGUUUAUGGAGCGCAGCAAGACCAUUUACGAGGACAAGACCAAGCCGUCGCUGUUGCUGGCGUCACGCGUGGGCAACAUGUACACGGCAUCUGUGUACAGUGGGCUGGUCUCGUAUCUGGUGUCGUUGCCUCCAGAACACCUACCCGGUAAGAAGAUUGGCGUGUUCUCUUACGGUUCCGGUUUGGCGUCGUCUAUGUACUCGAUCAGGGUUGUCGACAAUGGUUUGCUGAGUCUGAUCGCCAAUCUGAAGAAGGGCAUCGACCGCCUGGAGGAACGGAUACGCCUCACUCCCGAACAGUUCACUGAAGUGUUGGAAGUCCGGCAAAAGUCUUUGCACCAAGCACCCUACACACCUGUCAGCAACAAGGACCAACUGUUCCCUGGCACGUGGUACUUGUCCUGUAUCGACGAAAUGCACAGACGAUUUUACGAGAGAAAAGAAUAG